AGAGAGGGACUGGAGAGGGUUGCGUUGUAUGAAGAUCCGAUGAAAGAUAACAGGCUAUUGCAAUAAGAGGGCAAGAGAGAGGGGUGGGGGCAGAAUGACGCUGAUUCGGGGCUAUUGAUCUCUCCCUCCCCUCUAUAUGGGGUCAGUAGUUUGAUCAGAGCGCGCGCAGGAUCACACAGAAGAGCCACGCGCUUUUGCCAUGUAACACGAAGCGGCGCGUACAGAGAUAUCCAACAGGACACUCAUCACCAAUCCGAUCCCGUCUGUCUCUAACCUGAUGACGGGAAAUAAUCAGAUUAUCCAGCAGGACAGGAGAGCGACACGUUAUAUCUUUGAAGAAAAGUAACUGGUGUGGAUUGACAGAUGAUGGUGCGCUCGAGAUCAACAGAUCUGACCAUGAAUCCGUUCCGAAUCUCCGUGAUGAUGAUGUUCAUCUUCGCAUCUGUUCAUAUCUCGUGCCCAUCGCAGUUCCCCAGUCCGCUCAUGAUAAAAGAAUGGGUAGAUCAACUGCAGCAGGAGCUGGUUUCUCUAGCAGACACAGCCAGCGCUGGGAAUGAUCUUAAACAGAUCUUUAUGGAUAAUCAGAAUUAUUUCACUGUGGAAACAAAUAAUGCGGCACAGCUUGUGGAAACAGCGGCACGGAAUAUAGAAAAUUUUUUGAAGAAGCGAGCCACAGCUCUACAGACUUUGGCAACCGCAGCAGAGAUUUUCCAAAUGGAGCAUCAAUGGAAAGAUGAAUUUGAAGAGGACGAUAUAGUUUACUUUAAUGCCAAGGAUAAUCUUGAUGCCAAUGAAACAGAAGGAAGGAAAAACCGAAUCAGACCUGAAUUUAAAGAAGACCCGUCAUUCAAAAACCGCUUCACCUCCUACAACCAUACGGCUGUGCAUAUCCCCACGGACAUAUAUGACGGUUCCACUAUUGUGUUAAAUGAGCUGAACUGGACUGAAGCGUUGGAAGACGUCUUUAAGAAAAACCGAGAAGAGGAUCCAACGCUACUAUGGCAAGUGUUUGGCAGCGCUACUGGAUUAGCUCGCUAUUACCCAGCUUCCCCUUGGAUGGAUGCCAGGAAAACACCCAGUAAAAUCGACCUGUACGAUGUGCGCCGACGACCUUGGUAUGUUCAAGGUGCUGCUUCGCCCAAGGACAUGCUGAUUCUUGUUGAUGCGAGUGGAAGUGUGUCUGGACUGACCCUUAAGCUGAUUCGAACUUCUGUCAGUGAAAUGCUGGAGACACUUUCCGAUGAUGAUUAUGUCAAUGUCGUCCAUUUUAACACAAAAGUGAAUAACACAGCAUGUUUCGACCACCUGGUUCAAGCUAACGUCCGCAAUAAGAAGAUCUUAAAAGAUGCAGUGCAGAACAUUACAGCCAAGGGCAUCACCAACUACACCAAAGGCUUCGAAUUUGCCUUCAAUCAGCUCUCAAAUCCAAACAUCACCAGAGCAAACUGCAACAAGAUUAUAAUGUUGUUUACUGAUGGAGGCGAGGAGAGAGCAGAGGAAAUCUUCAGCAGAUACAACAUUGACAAAAAGGUGCGUGUGUUCACGUUCUCUGUGGGUCAACACAACUAUGACACAGGGCCAAUAAAGUGGAUGGCCUGUGCUAAUAAAGGAUAUUUCUACGAAAUCCCUUCCAUUGGAGCCAUCCGCAUAAACACACAGGAAUAUCUAGAUGUUUUGAGCAGGCCGAUGGUCCUUGCAGAUGCAAAACAAGUGCAGUGGACCAACGUUUACCUGGAUGCUCUGGAGUUGGGCCUAGUCAUCACAGGCACACUACCUGUGUUCAACAAGACCAAAUCCAGGGAGGGCGGAUCUCAGAACCAGCAUCAGAACCAGUUGAUUUUAGGAGUGAUGGGGGUGGAUGUGUCUCUCGACGAUAUCAAAAGAUUGACGCCCCGCUUCACAAUUGGUCCUAAUGGAUAUUAUUUCGCAAUUGACCCAAACGGUUACGUGCUGCUCCAUCCAAACCUGCAACCAAAGAACCCCAAAUUCCAGGAACCUGUUACACUGGAUUUUCUGGAUGCAGAGCUGGAAAAUGACAUUAAAGUCCAGAUACGGACUUUGAUGAUUGACAGAGACCCUGGGGAGAAAACGAUCGAAACGCUUGUGAAAUCUCAAGAUGAGAGAUACAUUGAUCGAGGAAUCAGGACAUAUACCUGGGCACCAGUUAACGGGACAGACUACAGCCUGGCCUUGGUCUUGCCUGAAUACAGUCUGCAUUACAUCGAGGCAAACCUGGGGAACACUAUAAAACAAGCCAUGUUCUCUGAGACCAUGCAGCAGGAGAAAUUUGAGGAAUAUGGGUACACCUUUAUUGCACCCAGGGAAUACUGCAAGGACCUGAAAGUCUCAUCCAACAACACCCAGUUCCUGAUGGACUUCAAUGAGUACAUUGAUAGAAAAACACCAAAUGAUCCUAUGUGUAAUGUCACUCUUGUAAACCGGUUGCUGUUGGAUGCCGGUCUCACAGCGGACCUCGUCAAAGUCUGGAAGGAGCAGAUUGUAGAUGGAGUUUUGGCCCGGUUUGUGGCUACAGAUGGAGGCAUUACACGUGUGUAUCCUAAAAGUGCUGGGGAAGAAUGGGGUGAAAAUUCUGAGACCUAUGACUCAAGUUUUUACAAAAGGAGUUUGGACAAUGACAUAUAUAUCUUCACUGCCCCAUACAUCAAUAAGAGCAGAGAGUCUGGUUAUGAGUCUGGUAUCCUUGUCAGUAAAGCAGUGGAUUUGGACAUUAAUGGAGCAAAACUCAAACCUGCUGUGGUGGGAGUCAAACUCAACGUGUCAGCCUGGAUGAACAGCUUCAUAAACGCUACCACCAAGAAAAAUUGCAAGGAUGAGAUCUGCGGGUGCCUCAGGAAUGAUAAGCAAGUGGACUGUGUGAUUCUGGAUGAUGGCGGCUUUCUGCUCAUGUCCAAUCAGGAUGAAUAUAUCUCGCAGAUAGGUCAGUUCUUUGGUGAAGUGGACCCUGUUCUGAUGAUCACUCUGGUCAACACCUCGCUGUUCUCCUUUAAUAAAACCUAUGACUACCAGUCCGUCUGUGACCCAGAGAGAGAAACUAAAGCUGCUGCAGGACUCCGUUCUGUAUAUGUGCCAACGAUAGCAGAUAUGCUAACUGUAGGCUGGUGGGCCUCCACUGCGGUCUGGUCAAUUUUGCAGCAGCUUCUCCUCAGUCUGACUCUCCCAAAUGUCAUGGGAACAGCAUACUCGGAGGAUGACCUCUCGGAUGCGUUCUCCAAAGAGAGCUGUAUCACCGAACAGACUCAGUAUUUCUUUGAGAACGAGAACAAAUCUUUCUCUGGAGCUAUGGACUGUGGAAACUGCUCCAGAAUGUACCGGGCGGAGAAGCUCCCUAACACGAAUUUGGUAUUUUUGAUCUCUGACGCAAAGAGUUCCUGCCUCUCCUGCGAUCCCAAACCACUGAGACAAGCCGAACAGCCCUCUACUGGUCCUGACCCAUGUGUUCUGGCCCAGAACCCUCGGUACAGGAAAGGACCGGAUGUCUGCUUCGACAAUAACGCAGAUGAGGACGCGACUGACUGUGGUGGUGGCUGCAGUUUGAGUCCGUCUCUCUGGCCGAUGUUGGCUCUUCAGCUCCUUCUACUCUGGCUGCUUACCGGAACCAGAACAUAUUUGUCCUGACCAGAGUGAAUCUACAGACUAGAAAAAAUAACUACUGACUGAACUGCUUAAUAUUCAGACCACAUGACCACAACAUAACCACACUUCGAUUAUACAAUCUAAGAUUGUCCGUUAGUCAACCCAAAACAAUUUGACUAACGCAGAUACAGAACUUUGACACGGCUCAUCAACUCACUGCCAAAUUCUGUCCUCUCAGACCGACCAGAAACACAGCAACACAGUCAGACACGAGAGACAGAUAUAUGCUCUUAUUUUUUAUUUUAUUUAUUUAUUUUUUGACCUCAGAACAAAACCGCAUUAUGAUCACAAAAAAAGAUUCAUGCAAAAUGUUUAGUGCCACAAACAGGCUAAUAUAAUGUGGUCAGAGACGGCUCCCAGCACCAGCCUGGAUCUGAAGCAGGGUUUAACGGUACAGGAAAGACUGUUCAGCUCUGGAGCUCAUUAUGAAUACAGCUCGAAGUGAGCUUUGCACCAGUAGUAGUUCAGUGAUGUCACACCCAAGCCCUUUAGGCCCAUAGAGGGCUGUUUUUCUUGUUUUAUGUUCAUUGAUUUCUUUGGUAUGUGCAGUAGGGGAAAUCUCAUGAAGAAAUUUGUAGGUCACAUUUCACCCCCAAAUGAUACAGUAUAUUUUCAAAUGUGAUUUAUUUUCAGCAUCAGUACUCCAGUCUUCAGUGUCGCAUGAUCCUUCAGAAAACAUUCUAAUAUGAUGAUUUGGUGCUCAAGUAACAUUUUUUAACCAUGAUGCAUUUUUUCAGGAUUCUUUGAUGAAUGGAACGUUUAAAAGAACAACAUUUAUUUUUUGGUGAGCAUUUGCUGAAUUAAAGUUUUCUUACUGACCCUUUUUUACUUUCUUAUACAGUACCUGUCAAAAGUUUUGAAACAUUUACCAUUUUUGGUAACACUUUGGUAUGGGGAACAAUUCUCAUUUUUAACCAGUUGCUUAUUAGCUUGCAUAUUGGUUGUUUAUUAGUACUUAUAAAAUGCCUUAUUCUGCAUGACCAUAUUCUACAUCCCUAAAUCCUACCCCAUACCUAAACCUAAACGCUACAACUACCUUACUAACUAUUAAUAGGCAGUAAAUUAAGAGUUUAUUGAGGUAAAAGUUGUAGUUAAUAGUGAAUAUGUGUUCCCCAUACCAAAGUGUUACCCAAUUUUUUAAUGUUUUUGAAAGAAGUCUCUUAUGCUCACCAAGGCUGCAUUUAUUUCAUCAAAAAUAUGUUGAACAGCACAACUGUUUUCAACAUUGAUAAUGAUAAUACGAAAUGUUUCUUUAGGACCAAAUCAGCAUUAUAGAAUGAUUUCUGGAUCAUAUGACACUGAAGACUGGAGUAAUGUUGCUGAAAAUUCAGCUUUGCAAUGACUGGAAUAAAUUACAUUUUAAAAUGUAUUCAAAUAGAAAACGGUUCUUUUAAUUUGUCUUUAAUGAGAAUAAGUAGCGAGAUUUCAUUGUCAUGAAAAUAAAGUCACAAAAAAAUCUUAUAGGUUAUAAAUUUAUACAGAAAAUCAUUUCAUAUUUUUAUUUCUUUUGAUUACGGGUUGAAAUAUGACCUGGACAUUUCUUUGCAAUUUUUGUGAGAUUCACCCAGUAUGAUUUUCAGUGUGUUAUUUCUGCUAGGUCUUAGAGUUCUUUUGUUGCUAAUUUUAAACUUCUCUGAGAUCACCAGAUAACUUUAUCAUCAAAGACUGACAUAACUCUAAGCAUCUGAUAUAAUCGUUGGAAAAAAGUGCCAUGUUGAAUGUCAUGAUUCGUUACGGAAAAAUUCAUUGCGCGAUCAAACCACACUUGACCAGUGCAUCAUCUGAUGCGAAAUGCAGACUGCUCUAAAGACUGAACAGGCUCCAAUUAGUGUACCGAAGCCUUUUUUUGUUGUGUCAGAAGUCACACGCUCGCGUCCAAGGGUCCAGAGCAUGUUGAAUGUGCUUCGUACCCUUCCCCGUCCUGUCUUCUGGGCCCCUGCUAUCAAACGAUUGCGUGUUUUACUGUAUGUCAUCCAGAUACUUAAUCUGUCAGAUUUUGUUCCAGCAUGACAGACAUGAUAUCACAAGCGUGUCAGAUAUUACAUCCACAUGUUGAACCACUAUGCGAAAACACAGCACAUGACAGGUUAUAAAAAAUGUUAAACCCUGGAGAAAUGUGCAUUUAAGAUGGUUGAAUGUAUGUUUAUUUUAUUUAUUUAUUAGUUUUAUUAUAGAAAGUCUGUGUAUGAGAUUAGGUGAUAUCAAUCAAAAAUAUUGCCUAUAAGGGAACCGUUCUUUUGAAUGUUCUGGAAGAAGAACAAAUACCAAUGGCAAUGCCUAGAGCUAUGAAAAAUUAAAUAUUUAUCCAUCCUGAUCCAAAGGCCAAGUAUCCAGGAAUAAAAUAACACGCUUCUCUCUUCAUUUCAGAGGUGUUUUAACAUUUGACGGCUUAAAAGCUUUGUCUAUUUUAAAAUAUAAACUUACAAUCAGUGUUUGCAUGAGUUCUAUGGCUUUUUAUUCAUGCAAAAAAAAAAAAAAAAAAAAAUUAUGAUGGCUUUAUUAGACUGUAUGGAGCUUUAUAGAUUUUUUUAUUUCUUUGUUAUAGCCUUUAUGAUGAGGAGGCUGUUAAAGUGACGUAAUUACAGUGAUACUAUUAAGUACAACUGAAUUUAAAGGUGGAAGGUUUAAUGUCGUGGUGAUUGCCAAAUGAGAAUGAAAUAUAAUAAAACGCACGAGAUAGCUCUAAAAUAAUUUGUGUGUUUAGUUUACUGGAUGUCCGUAAAAUAUCGCUCGCACCUGUGAGUCCACGUCAGACUUUUUCCUUUGGAAUGAGAUGAAUUUUUCUUUCUAUCUUCACUGAUGUAGCAUUGAGUUACAGACCUAAAUAUGCAGUGCAUUUAUGAAUCAUUACAGACAUUUUGGACCCAUCGGAGGCUUUCGGGGUCUGGAUUUCUCAUCUCAGGCCUGGGGUGGAGGCUGUGGGAUGUAACAUUUAAAUACCUCACUAAACGACGACGUGAGAUGUGAUUUUGAUCCAAGAGAGCUGAACUAACUCCCCUCUUUACAAACUAUACAGUGUUUAAAACGCCAGUGAAAUAUACACAAACCCCGCAGAGGCCGUUUCACCGUUUGAACGCAAAUUGAUCCCAUGCCAUGUCCGACAAAGAACAUCCGCAAAACAUGAAACAGGUUAAUGACAUGAUUAUGCUAAAACUAAAAACUCGAAAUCUGGCAGUGCCUACACUGUUAGUCAAGAAGAGCGAAUUACUUAAAAGUAGCAUUCACCUGGGGAUUUUAUUGGCUUGCUGCAUAAAAAAAGUGUUUUCAUAUGUUCUCCAUCAUGGUGGAGUACAAGAAACUGAAUUUUUUCAUUUUUAAUAUUACCCAAAAAAAGAAAAGAUUGUUAUAUGGAUCCAUUGAUAAGUAGUGAAAACCAGACACUCCAAAGUCCAAAUCAUGAAUCCAAAAAAGUUUGAAAAUCUGUUUUAAUAAUAAAAAAAUAAAAAAAACAUUCCACUUUACAUAAGAGGGGACAGACAAUUUAAGUGUGUUCAGGUUUGCACGGUGCUCCCGCAAUGCUCUUUGACAUUUCGACCCUCGCAUGAAAUGUUAGACGUGUAUAGACAUGCCCCCCUCAUGUAAAGAGGAAUCGGUUGUGUGUAUUUAUUGUAUGUUUUCUGAAUGCUGCUCUCAGCUGCUGUGCUGUCUCAUAGGGCUACCAUGUGUCUGUGCUACUGAACGUAUUUACUGGUGUUGGUGCUCAGUGUGCCGGAAAGUUUUCUCUGAGGUUGCGUUUCUUUUCCUGAGUGUUUCGAAGUCACUCUUUGAUUUGUGUGUUCAAUGGUGGGGAGGGGCGUGGUAUGUGCCUCCAAAGCCCCGCCCACCUCACUUGGUUGUGCUUACAACUAUAUAUAUAUAUUCUUUUGUGGAAACUGACACGCCUGAAACAAUUUUCUAUACAUUUGUACAAUAAUGUUGUUCAACAAAAUAAAACAAAAAAGUUUGUAAAGUUUACAAAUGUGUAAUUCUUGUGCAAAUACAAUAUAUUCACAAUAAAAGUUUAUUAUUACUA